AUGUCUGACUUAAAUGUAACACAACGUAACCAUGGUAACGAAACUACGCCUUUUACCUCAAUCCUACUUUUUUCCACUUCCGGGCCACAGGAAUCGGGACCAAGUGUGAUAGAUUACAUCAAUUACGUUUUCCUUCCGGCAACUGUUACCAUAGGCAUCACGGGAAAUCUUCUGACUAUUGUCGUAAUGAAGUCUAAGCAAUUCUCCACCGCCCCUUCCUCAUAUUUGCUCAUCUGUCUGGCUGUCUCAGACAGUGUUCUGCUUUUGAUACAGCCCUUGAACAAAUCAUUUGUUAUGGAUGUGAUUGGUCAAGACGUCAGAGCAUUAAAUAGCUCUCUUUGCAAACUGUACUUCGUCAUUCGAAGGGCCUCCAAAGUGACGUCAUCGUGGUUUGUCGUUGGUCUUUGCGUUGAACGUUUUAUUGCUGUGUGGUUUCCGUUGAAAGCAAAGUUUUAUAUGUCAAAACGUACAGUGCUUGCUGGGAUUUUGGCUGUUUAUUUUGUCACUUUUGCUUUCACUGGUGCGUUCAGCUACGCAACAGACGUGGUGAAGGGAAAAUGUCAACCCGACGCGUACGACCUGGAGGAUCCUGUUGCUAGAGAGAGGUUUGGUGCCAUGUUAAGGGCGGGAACAGUCUUGUAUUCUGUUGCUCCUAUGAUAAUACUAAUCACCCUGACGCCACUCAUUAUCGGGAAACUGAUCCACCACAACCAGACAAGGAAAAAGAUGACUGGAUCAGCUGUAAACAAUAGUAAAGAUGAUGGUCGCGUUACAGCCAUGUUGAUUGGUAUUGUUCUUGCCUACAUCAUACUGGUGCUACCAAUCACGAUUCUCCAUAAUGCCGCAUACGAACUCAAGAUCAGCGCAUUUGCCAGUAACAACGAUGGCUUUAACCUCUUCAAAGAAAUUUCCCAGUUGUUGGAACAAUUGAAUUAUGCGUUGAAUUUUUUCCUGUACGUGAUGACGUCACGGCGUUUCAGAAGCGUUCUGUUGGAAGUGAUCACCUGCAAAUCUUUCAGUUUUGAAAGAUCAAAGUCAAAGAGCACCACACUUACGUCGAAACUAUCUAAGUAAAUAUUUACUUUAUGG